CCUGAAUGACCGAGAUGUUCAGUCGACCAAUGUGGUAUGAAAGUGCCUAUAAGAUGCGGCCCUCUCAAAUGACAACCCCAGUCGAUCACCACAUCAGGAUCUCGCCUUCCACGUCAAGUGAACAUUUUUCCACAUGAACAGCUUCAACACUAUAAACCUGCAGAGCCCGCAGCCUGCGAGGGAUAACAGAUCUGCUGCUCAACGACGUUACAGGAAGAAGGAAGAGGACGGGUUUUUGCAGCUGCGGGAGGCCCUUAAGGAGGUGGCCAAGGAUGAUCCACGAACCAGACAGGACAUCUUGAGAAGAGACGCCUGGCGGAUUGAAAACCAACUGUUAUCGCAACAGAAGGCGCUCAUUGAGGCUUGUAACUCACCCAGAGAUAAUUACAAAUAUGGCCAUCCUCAAUCACCAUCAUGUGGCAAUGUGAUUUCUGAGGAUCCUUUGGAGUGGUGGUCACAUGAUAGAACCAAGAUGGCAAAUAUCACGUGGACCGAAAUGGCACACCACCGCGUACUCGACGCUGCAAUGUCACCAAACGUGACCACGCUCACAGCACAAGACUAUGAAUGGUUCACCCAGCUGUACAAUGCUAACAUGGUGCAAGACAAUAGUCGGUUAAACCAUCCGUGGCCAUCGCACCAGAGCGGGGAUUUCACCACACGGCCGCACAGUGGAAGUGGUUAUUAUGCGAGGUGUGCCAACUGUCAGCAUGGAGAAUCACUGUAAUGUAGGAGCCAAGUAGGAGCCAUAGGCAUCCGAGAGGGGCAGGUCCUCUUUGGACAUUAGGUCUUCAAUAAAUCUGUAUUUUUAAAACAAAAAAGUAUUGUAGACGUCACGCGAUAAUACGAGCCCCAUAAUUAAUUAAUAUUCAAUAAUCAAC